UCUCUAAAUUAAAUCACAAACUCUCACAAAAAAACCACCUGUAAAACACAAGAAAAGUCACAGAAAAAAAUUAAAGAAAUGGAAAAAGAGGUGCUAAAAUCAAAAUGGAUAGCAACAGUGGCCAGCAUAUGGAUUCAGUGCAGUAGCGGUUCCUCCUACACCUUCGGCAUCUACUCUCCCAUUCUCAAAUCCUCCCAAAACUACAGCCAACAAACUCUCGACACCGUCUCCGUUUUCAAAGACAUCGGCGCCAACGCCGGUAUCAUCUCCGGCCUCCUCUAUUCCGCCGUCACCCUCGACCGUAACCGCCGAUGGCUCGGCGUAUUCGGGUCUCCAUGGGUGGUUCACGCUGCCGGAGCAAUACAGUGCUUUAUCGGGUAUUUCAUGAUGUGGGCCAGUGUUGUUGGGUUGAUUCCGCGGCCGCCGGUGGCUGUUAUGUGUUUGUUUAUGUGGAUGGCGGCUCACGCGCAGACCUUUUUUAAUACGGCUAAUGUUGUUAGUGGUGUUCAUAAUUUUCGUGAUUAUGGCGGGACCAUUGUUGGUAUUAUGAAGGGCUUCCUUGGUUUGAGUGGAGCAAUACUUAUUCAAUUCUAUCACACAGCGUGCAAGGGUGAUCCUACAACUUUCCUUCUACUACUUGCACUGACACCAACAGUCGUGACUCUGUUGCUCAUGACUUUGGUGAGAAAUUACGAUACAAAUUCAAAAGAUGACAAGAAACACUUGAAUGCAUUCUCUGGAGUAGCUCUCGCCACUGCUACUUAUCUCAUGAUCCUUAUCAUUUUCCAGAACAUCUUUGAUUUUUCUUUGUGGAUACACAUAGUUAUGUUUGCAGGCUUGUUGCUUCUCCUUAGCUCACCUCUUGGAAUUGCAACGAGAGCCGUGAGGGAAAGCUCUGAUCGAUAUGCACAAGCAUUACUGGAAGAGAGGGGUUACAAACCGAAAUCACCGAUCUCUUCAAAACUUCCUGUAGAAGAGGAUGAUACGGAUUAUCAUGCUCUAUCUAGCAGCGAGGAUCAAGAAGCAAUUGCUCCUGCUAAUCACAUAAGUUUGUCAGAUGGCGAAGACCUGAACCUCUUCCAAGCGGUUUGUACUGUUAAUUUCUGGUUGUUGUUUGUUGCUAUGUUCUGUGGAUUAGGAUCUGGGCUGGCGACAAUAAACAAUAUCAGUCAAGUUGGAGAAUCACUUGGUUACACAACAAUUGAGAGAAAUUCUUUGGUUUCAUUGUGUAGCAUAUGGAAUUUUCUUGGUCGUUUUGGAGCUGGAUUUGUGUCGGAUAUCUUCCUGCACAGAGGCGGCUGGGCAAGGCCAUUGUUUAUGGCUAUUACUUUAGCAACCUUAGCCAUUGGUCACAUAGUUAUCGCCUCGGGAUUUACUAAAAACCUGUAUGUGGGUUCAAUCCUUGUAGGCAUUUCAUAUGGAUCACAAUGGUCAUUGAUGCCUACCAUUACAUCUGAGAUAUUCGGAGUGGGUCAUAUGGGUACCAUAUUUAAUACGAUUGCCAUAGCCAGUCCUAUCGGAUCAUAUACUUUCUCUGUAAGAGUCAUCGGUUACAUUUAUGAUAAGGCAACAGCGGGAAAACAUAACGUAUGCUAUGGAACUCGCUGCUUCAUGCUGUCGUUUCUGAUAAUGGCAUCUGUUGCUUUCUUUGGAGUUCUUGUUGCACUCCUGUUGUUCUAUAGGACGAGAAGGUUCUAUCAGACGGUCGUGCUUAGACGCGUGCAUCAUUCUUAAAGACCGUGAAAGGUAAUCGCUGAAGAUUUGGAGCUCUUGUUGCUCUGUUGUUGUGCUAUAGGAUAAAAAGGUUUAACGAGAGUUGUGAUUAGACAAAGUACCUUCAAGACCAUGAGAGGUAAAUGAAUAGUGCUCGGUUUUCUGUUUGAAGUUUGUCAUGCACUACUCUUGUUCUAAUGGGUGUGUAUAAAUGGUGUAGAUAUUAUUCAUAUAAGCUUUUGCUCACAUUUUCAAUGUAUAAUCCAUAUGCUAAUAGUAGCAUAUACAUAUCCAAGAUAUUCCGACUUGUGCUAUUUUCAGAAUUUUAAGGAAUCAAUUCUUUGUUUUUUAUAAA